AUGUUUGACGAUCCACGUACAAAAGCUCGAACUUUUCUUGAAUCUUCUUCUAUCGUAUCAGAACUUGAAGAUGUUCUCAAUCUUCUUAUUGAUGAAAAACCAGAUGAUCUACAUGGUUUUCUUGCAAAUCAUUUUCUUCAUCAGAGUAAACAACCGCAAAUUGCUUCUUUGAUUUUAAAAAGACUAACAGGUCCAGCUGGAGAGCCAGCUGUACAUAUUGAUCUUACAGUUGCACUUAGAAAUCGUAGUCAGCGAUAUAAUGGGUUAACAGUAAAUUUAUCAUCUGGUAAAUUAAAUGCGCAGACAAUGAAAGAUUAUGAAACAUUUGUUAAUUCACCAUCAUUAGCAACAAUAUUUAAUCGAGUUGAUUUAUUUGAUCAUACAACUAUUGAUGAACUUCUUGCAAAUUUCCGGUCUGAACAUGUUCAUGAAGUGCCAAAAGUGCCAAAAGUAACAGCACCCCUUGAACCUGAAAGUUCAACUAGUGAAAUUAUAGCUGAAGUUUCAACAUUAAAAUUACCUGCAACCAAACAAAAACCUGUUGUGAGUCCUGCAGUAGUAGUUAAAACAGGUGGUGCGCCGCCACCAAGUCAAAAAAGAACAACUAAAGAAAUUCAACCAGUUGAAGUUAUUCCCGAUGAACCUGAGCCAUCAUCAUUCGCUGGUCAACUAUUAAUUACAGGAAUAUCAUUAGCUUGCCGUUUAAUAACUGCUGAAAUACAACAAUCAAAUUUAUAUCGUCUCAUUCAACUUCCAUCUGUUACAAAUCCUGCUAUACCAUUACCGAUUAUACCUAUUCUUCAAAGUGGGCCUACAUAUCCCGGCAAACAAUCAAUUGUUAAGUAUUAUAUGCUUAUACCAACUCCCGAUGUGGUUCAUAAUGAAGAGUGGAUAUUUAAAUUACACAGUAUCAUCCAAAAUUUACGUGAUUCAUUAACAACUGCUAAAGGAGCGAUUCUUCAAGCAGGUUAUUCCACUGAUGAUGGAUGUCUUGUUUACUCAAUGGAUAAACCCGAACAAGGACUUGAUAUACUUCAAAAUGCUGUGAAUACUGUAUGUGGUACUAAAGAACAUUGGUUUGAUUAUGGUAUACAAAUGGGACCUUAUGAAGCAUAUGAUUAUACAAAUGGUGUAUAUGAAACCAUGGCAGGUGUAACAAAAUCACCCGAUGAAUUAGCUGAUACUUAUACUGAAUGGAUUAAUGCUUAUCCACGUUGUAUUAUGAUCAUUGAUCCUUUUCGACAUGCUGAUAAACCUGCAUUAUCUCGUUUAUGUCAUCGAGUAUCAAAUAGAUGCUAUGUUACUUCAACUGAUACACGUCGUUAUCAAUAUAAUGAUGAUAAUGAUACAACUAAUUGUCAUUUAAUAAAUUUAGAUAAUGCUCCAACAGUAACUGAAUUGAUACAACGUGUAAAUACACUUCGUGAAACUCAUGAUUAUGCUUUGGGAUUAUUUGAACGAGAUCAUCAUGAAGUUGCACAAGUUCAUUUAGCUGAUCUUGCUGUUGGUUUUGGUUGUCGUUUUCUCAAACUUCCUGGUCUUCUUUCUUUAGGCGGUCAAACAACAUCUGUUAUUCUUCAACGUCUUUCUAUAAUUCGUGAUGAACUUCAAAUGAAUGAUUGUGAACAAUCUGCACGUCCUAAACAACAUGAAUUUAUUCAUAUUCGAUCAGCACUCGAUAUACCGGAUUUAGAAAUGCCACCAACUUCUACGAAUACAAAAAAUAAAGACAAAAAAAAACGACCUUAA